AUGUCUCCUGUUCCACCAUCACCCCCUCCUCACAAACGAGCCCCUGCCACCCCCCGAUUCCCGGCCCAGGGCCCUUGGGGAGAUCGUGGACCGAGUGACGGGGAGCUGAGGGCAGAACACCUCCGACAGGCUGACUCGAUCACAGGACCCCCGUGGCUUUGGAUCCUUCUCCCUCGGCACAAAGCCCAGGGAACCAGUCUUCCCUCCAUAGAACACGGAGACAUCGUGGUGCCCUGCCCGUUGCCAAGUCUCGGCCACAGUGCCCCGUGGCCCCCGGAUGCCAACCCUCCACACUCAGAGAGCUCGGCAGCUCGGGAAGGCGCCCCCGGACUGGAACCGGCCAUUUCCUGCCCCAUCGGCCCCCCCAGGGGCCCGGAUCCUUUGCCAGCAUUUGUGACGGGCAGCCUCGAGCUCUGCACCCCGACAGGCCUCCGGACAACCCCGGCCAGCCUUGUUCCAGCCCCAGAGGCCGUGGCCCCGUUCACCCCCUCUCCCCAGGUUCCCUUGGCUUUACCUUUGAGAGACAGUGCUCCUCUGGGCCUCGUCCCUCCCCCCUUCCCAGGUGACCCCCAGUCUAGAUCCUCCUGGCCUUGCCCUCUCCACCCCCCCCCCAAACUCAAGAAGCACACAGGGAGGGACAAUCUGAUGGCUCCAUUUAUUGUUCCCAACUCCCCCUCCCCCAACUUUGCCUGGGAUGGGCAGAUCAGCACGGCUGCCCCAGAGGAGGAAGGGGAGGGAGAACCCCCAAUGGAGUAG